UCACCUGUGUCGCACGUCGUCAGUCGCAAAGCGGCCGCGUCGCGCGCCACCCGCUUCGUAGCAACCGCGUAUAUUAUGACAGUGACGUGAUGGAAGGCAAAGAGUUCGGUGCGGUUCCCGGCUUACCGGCCGGCUUGGACUAUUUCAUGAUGCCCCGUGUGAGCCAGCCCGCGCCGCAUUUCGACUUUCGAAAACUUGGCGCCAGUUUUAGUAGCCGUGACGAUGACAGGAGCGACGAGCGACGGUCUCCCGACUAUCCGGCUGAACGACGUGACCCGCCACCUGCACCGUGGCCGCUCGGUCUCGGUGUUCAGUUCGUCAAUCCUGCGACAGGAAAGAAGAGAGUGCAAUGCAAUGUUUGUCUUAAGACUUUUUGCGACAAAGGUGCUUUAAAAAUACACUUUUCGGCGGUACACCUGCGUGAGAUGCACAAGUGUACGGUAGAAGGUUGUACCAUGAUGUUUAGCUCACGACGUUCAAGAAAUCGACACAGUGCUAAUCCUAACCCGAAGCUACACUCGCCACACGUGAGACGUAAGAUAUCUGCGCACGAUGGCAGAUCUGCGCAGCCAUUCCCGCUUCUGCCGGCGUUGGCGCGAUUACCACUGCCUCCACCCACCCUGUUGCCUCCAGAGUUAGCAGCACGAUUACCACCGCCGUUAUCAGCAGCUAAUGGACCCACCCCGCUUCCUCCGCGAGUGCCUCUCGAUGAUCUUCGCAACUUCAGUGAAAUUGAAAAAAUGUACAGAAAAAUCCCCCCAUCAGAGGAACCGUUACGCGGUGCAUUAGACCUCGUUAAGUCUCAUGUUACAAUUGAAGAUGAAUCAAAUAAUUAUAGUGAAAUUAAUGACGAUAUUUCUGAUGACGAUGAAAAAGACAAAAGCGAGGUUCAAUCGCAGUCUCCUGUAAUGGAAAGAUUAAAUUAUAAUGAUGAACCUGAAGAUUUAAGUGUAAAUAAAAAUAAAGUUGUUGAUACCCAGCCUGAAGUUGAAAGUCGUGUUGAUCCCACCGUUACUGAGGAAAAAUUAUCAUCAUUUGUACCCAAUAAACGCAAGAGGAAAAGCGGGAAUCCAACCAGAUGUUCUCAAAACAAUGAGUACAGUGUUUCUGAUGAAGAAUAUCAAGGCGAUUUAUUUAGAAACCUGUCAACUCCAAGCUCGAGCCGUGCUGAUGAUGAACCCUUAUCGCUUAAAAAACAAAAACCAGAGAAAUGGGAGACAUUUCAGAAUGGAGAAGAAGCUAUUGUGGAUACGGAACAAGUGACACGAGUGAAGGCUGAGAGUGAAUCUGAUGAUGAAUCCAGUGCUCCUAGCGUUGUCCGUGAAGGGUUAAGGUUGCGUUCAGAUUUAUACACUCCGAGUGACAGUGGGAGUGACCUGCAUACAAUGGAAGAGCGCUUAGCAAGAGUUCGUUCACCCUCUGCGAGCAGUGAUAGGACUGACGACAGAACCGAUAUAAACGAUCUCGAAAUUCCUAUAGACGACGAAAAUCCAGAUCGGUGCACCGCUUGUGGGAAGGUAUUUCAAAACCAUUUCACAUUACGAAUGCAUUAUAGAAAUGACCACCUAAAAUUACUUCAUCCUUGCGAUGUAAAUGGUUGUGAUGCUGCCUUCCCUUCUCGUCGGAGUCGAGACAGACACAGCUCGAAUGUUGAUUUGCAUAGACGACUGUUAUCAACUGGCACUUUUGAUGGACGUGAACAAAGACCUGCCCUAGAAGUCAACACAGAACUUUUAAAUAAAUUGUAUGCAGAUAUAAAAGGUUUAGCGUCAACUCUUGAAAGUUUAAGAUACGGCGGCAAUGAAGAUGCAUCUCAGUUGCCCAAUUACGUAACAGAGACGAUGAAGUUCUACAGCAGAAACUUAAGUGCAUUACAAGCUGGUUUGUUUCCACAAUUCGGUGAGCGGGGGUUUUUUCCGACUCCUUUUCUGAUGGGUAACGGCGUUUCGCAGGCUGGUGGGGGUCCUUAUGGGGCACCGGCAGGGGCUCAGUCAGCUCGAGAGUCUCUGUCACCACUUUCAGCAUCAUCGCCCCCCGUGAUUUCACCGGGCAGACUGGACGCCGCUCACGCACGCACUCGCGAUGACGCUAAGCUGCUUUUUCGGGAGACCUCUGAAUCAUUUAAGAAAAUGACCUCGUUGUGUGAACGUCAAGAACAGCUGUACCAGCACCACGUGCCGGUGUCAUGACGCAGCCGCCACGAGCCCCGCCCGUCCUGGUGAUACCUCACUCCAUAGCCAACGGCGAGCGACAGACUCUAUAUUAUUUAAUUGUUAAUAAUUUUAAUUGUGUUAAUUCUAUUUGGUAUUUCGUUUGGUAUUUUCUUGUGAUAUUUAGACAAAUAUAUCGUAAUUAUUGAUCCCACGAACUUUAAGUUAAUAGGGAUAGAUGGUACCGCUUGGGUAUUGAGUUGAAGUUUGUGACGCGAAGUGCAAUACGGACUCGGAUAUUAUAAAUAUUAAUGGACUAUCUACGAUAUGAUAUCGUGUAGAGUAUUCGUAAUCGAUGUUGAAAGUAAACGUUAAUAAUGAUCAGCUUCAUUUAUUGUUCUGGCGCAAUAAACUCAUUGAGGAAA